AUGGGUCGUACCGUCGAUCAGGAAGUUCACGCGGCGUUCGUCGAGUUCCGCGCCAAGGAAGACGAUAAGUGUCUUUCAGUCCAGUGUAUCUAUUGCCAGCAAAUUCGCGCAAAGAAUACAUCGCGCCAGAAGCAGCACCUGCUCGAGUGUCCCGGACUUCGCGGUCAGAAUCAGACAGCACAAUCUGCGCCCAACGGCAUCAGUGCUGCAAAUGGAUACCCUGCAACUCCGAAUGGUGCAGCUGCCACGGCACCUGGCGCUGGCCCAGGGCCUGGCACAGGUGCACUUCCGACUCCCAACGGGCCGAUGAUGACGAACGGCGUCAACCCACAUGCUACCUCGAUGCAGACUCCGCUGCAGAACAUGCAAGGACGCGCCGCAUUGCCGACUCCCGGCCCUCCCACCGGACCUGCCUCUGCUACUAGCUCCCAGCAACCGCCUCGCGCCACUCCCAAGUCCAAGCCCAAGGCCUCCACCUCGAAUCUCCCGGCUCCUCCUCUAGAUGACGUUCAUGCUGCAUUUGUCGAGUUUCGUGCGAAGGAGGAAGACAAGUGUCUGUCCGUGCAAUGCAUCUACUGCCAGCAGGUUCGCGCGAAGAACACCAGCAGACAGCGCCAGCACCUCCUGGAAUGCCCCACCUACCUUAGUGUCAUGAAAGACUCGAUCCCUGCCAAUAACCUGUUGCAUACAUUUCCUGAAGGUGAUAUCGCUCGGUCUCUGCAAAUCCCCGCGCCUACUUUGGAACUGGACUUCCGUAUGAGCAUCAAGAUGAACCCGAAAGUUGCUGUUGGUCCGAGUAUUUGGGGUCAGAGAGAUUGGGUAACAUUUAUUGGUGGUCAAUGGGCGGGCCGAUGGGGCAAAGGCAUUGUUUUGCCCGGUGGACAGGACUCGCAGAUUGUGACCAAGGAAUCUAUUACCAACAUGCGGUCGAACUAUGUGCUCCAGACCGCAGAUGAUCCGCCAGCCUUCAUCAUUGUCAAGACUGAAGGAUGGCUGACAGGUGCCAAAGACGUUCUGGAUAAGGUCAACGACCCUAAUAUUGCGGACACAAUCAAUCCCAACACCUACAAGUAUCGCGUCAAUCUUUCCAUGGAAACUGGAGAUGAGCGUUAUGCUUUCUUGAACACUCUCAUGUGGAUUGCCAGUGGUUGCCGCAGGGGCCAUGAAGUUAUCUUCGAUGCAUUCCGCGUCAACUAG